GGGUCACGUGAGGAGAGUGGGCGGGGCGUCUAAGUUCAUAUCCCAGCGUCCUUUGUAUCUACUUCCUUUCCUGUCCUUUUCCGGCGUUCAAGAUGUCGAAGCGAGGACGUGGUGGGUCCUCCGGUGCAAAAUUCCGGAUUUCCCUGGGUCUUCCGGUAGGAGCCGUGAUCAACUGUGCUGACAACACAGGAGCCAAAAAUCUCUAUAUCAUCUCUGUGAAGGGGAUCAAAGGACGACUGAACAGACUUCCCGCUGCUGGUGUGGGUGACAUGGUGAUGGCCACAGUUAAGAAAGGCAAACCAGAGCUCAGAAAAAAGGUACAUCCGGCAGUGGUAAUUCGACAACGAAAAUCAUACCGGAGAAAAGAUGGUGUGUUUCUUUAUUUUGAAGAUAAUGCAGGGGUCAUAGUAAAUAAUAAAGGCGAGAUGAAAGGUUCUGCCAUUACAGGACCUGUUGCAAAGGAGUGUGCAGACUUGUGGCCCAGGAUUGCGUCUAAUGCUGGCAGCAUUGCAUGAUUCUCCAGUAUAUUUGUAAAAAACAUUAAAAAGUAUUUGCUUGCA